CUCACCACAAAACCAAACUAUUCCAUACCAAAUAAGUAAAUAACUAAAUGUUCUCCUGUUCUUUGCAUAAAUUACGUCACUGUUCCUCCAAAUCAUCCCCAAUUCCUCCAAUUUCUCUCCCAAAAUUCCAAUUAAUUGCUAAAUUGAUUAAAAUGAGUUUAGUGGACAUAAUUACAAGAGUCGACGCCAUUUGCAACAAGUACGACGUCGAAAAACGCCGUGAUUUCGAUGUUUCCGGCGAAGACCCCUUCGCUCGAUUCUACUCGGAGUUUCAGUCGAAUAUCGACACCGCUGUCGAAAAAUCCGAUGCCGCUACUUCGGAGAAAAAUAGGGCUUCUGCUGUUGCACUUUUCGGCGAGGUUAGACGAAUUAAGGCUCGUUUGCUUGAAGAACUCCCCAAAUUACACAAACUAUCUCACAAAAAGGUAAAAGGGCUUUCGAGGGAGGAGCUUGAAGCUCGUGAUGAUUUAUUGUCGGCUCUGAAAGAGAGGAUUGAGUCAAUACCAGAUGGUACUCCCAAGCAAACUGGUGGAUGGACAGCCUCGACUUCGACAACAGCUGUUAGAAUUGACACUCAUUCAGAGGCUUGGACUCGUAGUGGGUAUUUUCAGCAGAGCGAGGAGUCUUCUCUGUUUCAGAAGGAGUAUGAAAUGCGGAAAAUUAAGCAGGAUGAAGGUUUGGAUUUUAUUGCUGAAGGACUGUAUACUCUGAAAGAUAUGGCCCAAGCUAUGAAUGAGGAAAUAGAUAGACAAGAGCCACUAAUGGAUGAAAUGGAUAAGAAGGCUGACAAGGCAACAUCUGAUCUCAAAAAUACCAAUGUACGGCUCAAGGACACUGUUACAAAGCUGAGGUCCAGUCGCAACUUCUGCCUCGACAUCAUACUCUUGUGUGUAAUUUUGGGAAUAGCUGCCUACUUAUAUAAUGUGUUGAAGUGAGUUUGAAGCUGUCAGAUGUUCAUACUCAUAUUACCGGCUUCUCUAUUAUAGAAGAUGCAUGUUGAUAUCGUACACACAGUAUAUAGCAUCUCAUUUUUAUGGUAAAAACAAAGGCACACACAAUGUAAAUAGGUUUGAGUUUACUGAAAGGUUCAAUAAUGAGAAAUCAUAGUCUUAGCUUUAGCAGUUGUAUUUAAUUAACUCUAAUUUCUAUUGUUUGUAGCACGUUCCUACUUCAUGUGUGAACGCGUCACACAUCAACCAGUUGAUGGUGUGGCGCGUCACAAGGAGACCCGUUGAAAUACUAAACAUAAAUUGUUAAUUAUAGAAUCAUCAAAUUGCUUGUUCUAAAUUUAUUAGGCUGAUCAAA